GAACAUGGCUUUGACAUAGAUGCUAUGGAACAGAGCAGGAUUCCCUUUUUGGGAGAUCAUACUGAUUUGUCGCCGUUUCAAAAAGGAGCCAUUUUCCACGACCGAGCAGCCCUGAGCAACCUUUCUGGCUCCAAGGACGAAUAACCAAAACAUUGCCAAAGAUGGAACACUGGACUCAAUUCACGUUGCUCGUUUUGGGCGUGUCCUCCUUGGCACAAGUCUCGGGUUUGACCUGUUAUGUCGGAUUAGGGAACAAUUCCCAAAGGCGAUCUCAAAAAGUGGUCAAUUGCCCCGAAGACAGGCACUACGUUUGUGUGAAGAUGUAUGGAGGUGACAUGGGCGAUCAGAUUAGGCGGAAAUGCGAGAAGAUGUCAGUUCCUGAAUACGAGGAACUAAUGGAACAAGAAGCGCUGAAGGAGCGAAUGAUCCAAAAGGGUGAAAGUUGGGACGUCGAUCCUGCUUGCCAUGAGGAUGUCCAUCACGGACGAGAUGUCCACGUGUGCUAUUGUUCAAUAGACCAAUGCAACUCUGCCUUUUCCAUGAGGCACAAGUCCGUUGGGAUGAUCCAAAUCUUGGCCAUAGGCCUUUCAAUAUUUCGUCACAAGAUUGUAUUUUAAGCUUAGUUAAUAAGUAAUAAUGCUCAUUAGAUGAAGGAAAUUUGAGAUUUUAGAACAAUGCAAAUAAUAAAGCCUCUAACACACGAGAUGAAAUGAUACUGCC